GUGUGUAAUUCAAUAGUAUAAAACGAUAACAACUAAUUUAUAGAGUAGGUAAACCGGCCAGCUCAUAUAAAUGCGAAGACGAAGGAAGCGAAAAGAGAGCCUGCGGGGCUGCGCCCGCGCCGACCAGCGUUCUACGCACGAGCAAGCAGCGAGUAACUUGAGCAACAUGCCAGGCGAGGUAUCAUUCAUCAGUCACAGUGGUCGCUGCUGCACGGACGGUGCUUUCGUGCGCCUUUCCUUCAUGCAACACAACAAUCCGGGGAAGGCAGUGUGUAACACAUCACCAGAAUGUGACUAAACAAGUGUAAUCCUUAGACAAUAACUUCCCUUCGCCUUCCCUAGUAACUAGAAUAAAAAACUUUUUAAUACUUUCUAAAACGUAUUUAAUUUUCCGCGUGUGUCUCGUUUCAAGCUCGCGCCAACAAAACGUGUGUGUGUAUAAAUAUUAAUUUUAUAGUGUGUUAAGCUGUACCCGACAUGACUAUAUCGUACGCUGGUGAAGUUCCAAAUGGCAGUAGUUUUGGUUGUUUUUGGAGGAUCCUUUGCAAAUGGCGAGGCAGUGUUUACAAGUUGGUGUGGCGAGAGUUACUAGCUUAUCUCACUCUCUACUAUACCAUUAAUUUACUCUAUCGAUUCGCGCUUACAGAAGAGCAACAGAGGAUAUUCGAGAAAGUUCGGCAAUACUUCGGCGCGCAGAGCGAGUCGAUCCCGAUGUCGUUCGUGCUGGGUUUCUAUGUAAGCCUCGUGGUGAAGAGAUGGUGGGAGCAGUACAAACUGCUUCCAUGGCCUGACACCCUCGCACUCUUCAUCUCCGCCGCGAUACCUGGAGCGGUCAGUAAAGACGAAACUGGUAGGUUAAUGAGACGAAACAUUGUAAGAUACGCGAUCCUUGCAUAUGUUAUCACACUCCAAAGGGUAUCUUUAAGGGUAAAACGACGUUUUCCAACUUGGCAGCAUGUUGUUGAUUCUGGCCUCAUGUUGGAAAGCGAAAGGAAAGUUUUCGAGAAAAUGGAUGGAAAAAGUCCAAUGUCAAAGUACUGGAUGCCUCUUGUAUGGGCAACAAAUAUUAUAAACAGAGCUAGAAAAGAAGGUCUAAUAACGAGUGAUCACAUAGUACAGACUUUGUUGGUGGAACUAUCAGAUAUCAGACGGCGCUUGGGGGCAUUGAUCGGAUACGACACAGUGUGUGUUCCUCUAGUCUAUACUCAGGUGGUAACACUGUCUCUCUACACAUACUUCGUUGCUGCUCUUAUGGGACGACAAUUGGUUCCGGCUGCACCUGGAAGCACGUCAAAAUAUGAACCUGAUGUUUACUUCCCACUCUUCACAGCUCUACAGUUUUGUUUCUACGUGGGGUGGUUGAAAGUAGCUGAAGUUCUUAUCAAUCCGUUUGGUGAAGAUGAUGAUGACAUUGAACUGAAUUGGCUCAUCGACAGGCAUAUAAAGGCAGCCUAUAUGAUAGUCGAUGAAAUGCAUGAGGAACAUCCUGAAUUACUGAAGGACCAGUACUGGGAGGAAGUUGUACCAAAGGACCUGCCGUAUACAGUGGCCUCAGAACAUUAUAGACGUCACGAGCCGCCAUGCUCAGCGGAUCACUACAAAGUGAAAGCUGAAGACGCUGUGUAUGCUAAUGUACAAGCACCGAGGAAGAGUCAUGAUGAAACUUAUGCUGAUUAUGAGAGUGUAGAUACGCCACUAGUAGAAAGACGGAAAAACUGGUUUCAAAGGCAAAUAUCAAGAAUGGGAUCAGUCCGUUCGGCGUCUACAGCAUAUUCUUCUGGUGGUUUCUUUGGACGAAAUCGUCAUAACUCAGUGGUGUACUCGAGCCCCGAGGCGGGUCAACCAACCGUGCAGCAGCACGCUCCACAAAAAAUGUCUCUCUAUGAUCGACUAGUGGGACGGAAAUCUGGUCGAGGCCAACACCGUCAGAAUUCUAGACAUGGUGGUCAAAAGAGCAACGGGUCUGCAGUACCUAUAACGUUACGCAACCGACCCCGAAUUCCCACACCGGAUGUGACAAAAGAGGUAAUCGACCGAGAGAGUCGCCUCGCAAUGGGUAUGCAAAACAUGGGGGUCAUAAUGGCCCACCAAGGUUACCAGAACGAAGUGCCCGUGCUGGGUGCACUGGUACUCUCGCCCAUACAAGAGCUGGAUAGCGGCUCGGUAAAUAAUACUUUGCAUGCUGGCCAACCGGGCACGGCAGCGUUGGCGCAGGCUGUGCUCUCGCCUUCUGGCAUCACGCCAAUGUUGACCGCAGCACCUGUGGUGACGCCAGUGACGCUGGGCCCCUUGGGGGUUACACAGCUGUCCAUAGUUGGCUCAACGCCAUCUACACCUCGCGCAGACCGCGGCACCACAAGCAGCUCACCGGCCCCUACCCGUGCCACUGUCAUAGAGCUACCUACAUCCGAUCGCGACAGCGAACAUAGUGCUGCUAGCACUGGCACGCCUCCAGAAUUUAAACGAAAAACGAACGGCUCUAAACGCGGAGAGGUCUACGUAUAGACGGAAGAUAAAUGUAACCCCGGCACAAUACAUAGCUACAACGGUUUGAACAAAUGUUGGCGCAAAUGUAUUUUACCUACAAAUGUUUUGAAAACAAGUGCGUUAUGUGGAUAAUACUUUGCGCUAGUGGAACACGCUACACACAGUGCACAUAUGAACUUUGAAAGCUGUGAUAUGUGCUAAAAAACAGCGCAAAUGUUUGUUCAAAUUUGCAAGACAUGUUUUGAAGCUAUGUUUCGUGCCAGCUUAACAAUGACUUGUGGUGCUUUGAAAUGUGAUUGUUGAUUUUGACUGACAACAGUAAAUAUUGAUAUGUUAUAGAUAAAGAAAGCUCAUUAUAAAUAUUGUGCACUAUCAUUGUAUAAACUGAUUUGAUUUUAGGAGCAAACAGGGAUUGAAUUGU